GUGUCGAACGACUAGAGGAACGACUAGAGGAGGAUUUACCAGAAGAACGACUACGACUACGACCACCGCGUGGCAUUUUUGAAAUAACUGAUAAAACACCCAAAGAUCAGAUUUCUCGUAUUGCGAAGAUGUUAGCAGAUGAAUAUGGAACUGCUUCUAACAUAAAAUCUCGGGUUAAUCGAUUAUCAGUGUUGGCUGCAAUUACAUCAACACAACAAAGAUUGAAAUUAUACACUAAGG